UUGAGAGGUCUUUCUCUGUUUUCGUCUAAACAAUCUCUUGCAGUUGAUCGUCUUCUCUUCUUCUUUCCCCCCCCCCCCCUUCUAAUUCCCGCUUCUCUGUAUCCCUUUCUGUCAUCAUCUGUCUUUCAAGAUUUGGUUUUUUUUGGGUUUGUUUUUUUGGAUUUUGAAAGAAAGAAAAACAAACUUGGAAAGAGUUUUUUCGGAAGCCAGGUGGUUCAGAAUAGAGAUCCAUUUUUUCGAUUUUUUUUUGAAUCUUUGUAGAUUUUCUUUAAAUUUGUUCAAUUGAGAGGGUUGUUUUUUCUAUCCCUCAGGUUGAUUUUAUGGUUCUAGGUUUAGAAGAUUCUCACUUGUAGAAAAGAAAGCUUUUUUUUUUUUUUUUCUUUUAAUUUUAUUUUGGGGUUUGGAAUUCCGGUUUCUCUUUGUUUUUCUCUGAAACCGUCGCCUGUUCUUUGGUUUUGGUAAGAGACAGGUGGUUUUUCUUAUUUUUGCAGUUUCAGCUUUUCUGGUAGCAGUCUUUGUUUUUAUCUUCUUUGCUUUAUUCAGAAGUCAUGGCAGCAGCUAUAGAUAUCUACAGUAAUGGACCUGUAUCAUCAGAUCCCUUCAGAGAGGAGCUCAUGAAAGCACUGGAGCCUUAUAUCAAAAGUGCUUCUUCAUCAACCUCCUCUGUAACCCCUUCUACCUCUUCAACAACAACUUCUCCCUCUUCAUCUCCUUCUCCUUCCACUUCUUACCCCUUCUGCUCUUUCUCUUCUCAACCCCAGUUUUACCCUGAUUCUUGCUCGACAUCGACUACCCAAAUGUUUUCUCCAGGGUUCUCGAUCCAAGGCCAAUUUGGUCUCGAGCAAUCAGGUUCAUCAAUAGGGCUAAAUCAACUCAGCCCUUCACAGGUUCAGCAGAUUCAAGCCCAAAUCCAGCUCCAACAUCAACAGCAACACAUGGCUGCCAUGGCUGCAGCUUCUAUCCAAAAUCAGAGGCUCAGGCAGUCUCAGUUGCAGCAACAGCAACCACAUUUCCUGAAUUUCCUCGGUCCGAAAGCAAUCCCGAUGAAGCAAGUGGGUUCAUUAGCAAAACCCACGAAGCUCUACAGAGGGGUUAGACAACGGCAUUGGGGGAAAUGGGUUGCAGAGAUCCGUCUACCAAAGAACCGUACUCGGCUUUGGCUCGGCACUUUCGACACCGCUGAGGAGGCUGCUUUGGCCUACGAUAGGGCUGCUUACAAGCUCAGAGGAGAGUUCGCGAGGCUUAACUUUCCCGAUCUCAGGCACCAAAUUAAUGGAGGAGAGUUCGGCGAUUACAAGCCCUUGCAGUCCUCUGUGGAUGCAAAGCUUCAGGCGAUUUGUCAAAGCUUGGCUAAUUCGCAGAAACAGGGGAAGGUAGGGAAGCCUGCGUUCGCUUCUAAGCCGAAGAAGGAGAUCGAUGGGGAGUCGCAGUCUCAGUCUCAGUCGCAAGCGAGCUCGACGGUGACAACUGCCCCUCAGCCAAAUAUGGGUUUGGAUACAUCAUCGGAAGGCGAGAUGGGGUUUCUGGGAUUGAAGGAUUGUAAGGUGGAAAGCGCAUCAUCACCAACAUUGACAGAGAGUGAUGAAUCUGCAGACUCUUCACCUGAAUCUGAUAUCAAGUUCCCAGAUUUUAACGAGCCACCAUGGGAUGAAUCGGAGAACUUCAUAUUGCGAAAGUAUCCAUCAUAUGAGAUCGAUUGGGAAGCUAUCCUGUCUUAAAUUUUCUUUGUAUUGGCAUCGUCCCUCUCUUUUAUUUGGGAUCUUGUUUACUUAGCUUAGUUCGGUGGGUUCUUUUUCAAUAAUUUUUGUUUUUUGUUUUUUGGUAUCUCCGGUAGCUACUGCAAUGAAUUUUUGACAUUUGCAGAGCUAGCUUGGAGAGUCUGGUUAGGUUUCAGUUUAGAGGGUUUUAAGAGGUCAUGUUAAUAUGUCUCAUCUCUCCAUCUGGUCCACUGGUUUUUUCUUGGUUGGCCAGGGAUAGCUUGCUAUUGUGUAAUUUUUUAUCUAAUCUUU